GCCGUCUGGAGGGAGGUGAGGAGGGGGGCGAACUGAAUAAUUGAGGAGCUGUUCAGCAGCAGCGGCUGCCUCCUGCCUUCCUUUGCCACCACCACUCUGCAUCAGAGUGGGAGAGACAGACUCUGGCGCUGUAAGUGCAGACGGCUAGCCACCAGUCCCUGCAGCCAGUUAAUCGCCUCCAGCCCUCCGAUGAGGAAUCCUUCAGAAAAAUGAAUUUGCUUGCCCACAUAGCACAUCAGAUAGGAUUUCAGAUCCCAGAGCACCAGACCUCUUUGUAACAGACAUUCAUGCCCAGGAGAAGGCUGCUUUGGGUCCCUUUGGACCUUUCCUAAAAAAGGAGAUCCCUAUUCACUAGAUGAGUUCCAGAAGCAUCCACUAAGGCUCCCAUAGAACCUCUUCCAUCAGUUGACCUUCACCGUAACCCUUAUCACGCAGGAUGAGUGGCUUUCUUGCCUCCCUGGACCCCCGGCGGGUGCAGUGGGGGGCCGCCUGGUAUGCCAUGCACUCCAGGAUCUUGCGCACCAAACCAGUGGAGUCCAUGCUGGAGGGAACUGGGGCCACCACAGCCCAUGGCACCAAGCUAGCUCAGGUGCUCACCACCAUGGACCUCAUCUCACUUGGCGUUGGCAGCUGUGUGGGCACAGGGAUGUACGUGGUGUCUGGUCUGGUGGCCAAGGAAAUGGCAGGACCUGGUGUCAUUGUGUCCUUCAUCAUUGCAGCCGUUGCGUCCAUAUUAUCAGGUGUCUGCUAUGCAGAGUUCGGAGUCCGCGUCCCCAAGACCACGGGGUCAGCCUACACCUACAGCUACGUCACUGUCGGGGAAUUUGUGGCGUUUUUCAUUGGCUGGAACCUGAUCCUGGAGUACCUGAUUGGCACUGCAGCUGGUGCCAGUGCUCUGAGCAGCAUGUUCGACUCCUUAGCAAACCACACCAUCAGCCACUGGAUGGUGGACAGCGUGGGAACCCUCAACGGCCUGGGGAAAGGUGAAGAAUCAUACCCUGACCUUCUGGCUCUAGUGAUUGCGAUCAUCGUCACCAUUAUUGUUGCGCUGGGGGUAAAGAAUUCCGUGGGCUUCAACAACAUCCUCAACGUACUGAACCUGGCAGUAUGGGUGUUCAUCAUGAUCGCAGGCCUCUUCUUCAUCAGUGGGAAAUACUGGGCUGAGGGCCAGUUUUUGCCCCAUGGCUGGUCAGGGGUGCUGCAAGGAGCAGCCACGUGUUUCUAUGCUUUCAUUGGCUUUGACAUCAUUGCCACCACCGGAGAGGAAGCCAAGAAUCCAAACACGUCCAUCCCUUAUGCUAUCACCGCCUCCCUGGUCAUCUGCCUGACAGCAUAUGUAUCUGUGAGCAUGAUCUUAACUCUGAUGGUGCCAUACAAUGCCAUUGACACGGAAUCCCCGCUCAUGGAGAUGUUUGUGGCUCAUGGGUUCUAUGCUGCAAAAUUCAUAGUGGCCAUUGGGUCGGUUGCAGGACUGACGGUCAGCUUGCUGGGCUCCCUCUUCCCAAUGCCAAGGGUCAUUUAUGCCAUGGCUGGUGAUGGGCUCCUUUUCAGGUUCCUGGCUCAUGUGAGCUCCUACACAGAGACACCAGUGGUGGCCUGCAUUGUGUCGGGGUUCCUGGCAGCUCUGCUCUCGCUAUUAGUCAGCCUGAGAGACCUAAUAGAGAUGAUGUCCAUUGGCACACUCCUUGCCUACACCUUGGUUUCUGUCUGCGUCUUGCUCCUUCGAUACCAACCGGAGAGUGACAUUGAUGGUUUUGUCAAGUUCUUGUCCCAGGAGCACACAAAGAAGAAGGAGGGCAUCCUGGCCGACUGUGAGAAGGAAGUUUGUUCUCCUGUGAGUGAAGGGGAAGAGUUUUCUGGCCCAGCCACCAACACAUGUGGCGCCAAAAACCUACCGUCUCUGGGAGACAACGAGAUGCUCAUAGGCAAAUCAGACAAGUCAACCUACAAUGUGAACCAUCCCAACUAUGGCACUGUGGACAUGACCACAGGCAUAGAAACUGAUGAAUCUGAAAACAUUUAUCUCAUCAAGUUAAAGAAGCUGAUUGGGCCCCGUUACUACACCAUGAGGAUCCGGCUGGGCCUUCCAGGCAAAAUGGACCGGCCCACAGCAGCUACAGGGCACACGGUGACCAUCUGCGUGCUCCUGCUCUUCAUCCUCAUGUUCAUCUUCUGCUCCUUCAUCAUCUUUGGUUCCGACUACAUCUCAGAGCAGAGCUGGUGGGCCAUCCUUCUGGUUGUUCUGAUGGUGCUGCUGAUCAGCGCCCUGGUGUUCGUGAUCCUGCAGCAGCCAGAGAACCCCAAAAAGCUGCCCUAUAUGGCCCCCUGCCUCCCCUUCGUGCCUGCCUUUGCCAUGCUGGUGAACAUUUAUCUCAUGCUAAAGCUCUCCACCAUCACAUGGAUCCGGUUUGCAGUCUGGUGCUUUGUGGGUAUGCUCAUUUAUUUCGGGUACGGCAUCUGGAACAGCACCCUCGAAAUCAGCGCUCGAGAAGAAGCCCUGCACCAAAGCACGUACCAGCGCUACGACGUGGAUGACCCUUUCUCGGUGGAGGAGGGUUUCUCCUACGCCACGGAGGGCGAGAGCCAGGAGAACUGGGGCGGGCCGGCCGAGGACAAAGGCUUCUAUUACCAGCAGAUGUCAGAUGCUAAGGCCAACACCCGGACAAGUAGCAAAGCGAAGAGCAAAAGCAAACACAAACAGAACUCAGAGGCCCUGAUCGCAAAUGAUGAGUUAGAUUACUCUCCCGAGUAGGAGUAAACACACAAGAAAUGUGUAGAAACGGUGGCGAUUUCUUUUCAGUAACUUAACCCGUGGGCUAGAGGGUGAAAACAUUUUUGGCUCUCAUUUCAAAAGUCCAGCCUUUCCCCAGAGUCAGUCCCCAGUCAUAGCCUGUCAUUUGCUACUUUUGUUCUUCAGGAUAGUUCUGUCGAAGGGUUUCACCUGGGUUUCAUCACUGAUCCCCUUGAAAAAUAAAUAAAUAAAUAAAUAAA